UCGCGGUCGUUUGCUAUGGCUAAUCAGGGUGGAUGCGACAGCCCGGAUGCUUCAGAGGUGGAGCCGGUGGGCAAGAGCGCCGGCGGCGAGACUUCUUCCAGACCACUCAACUCAGGUGGAGGAGAGAUGGCGGAGAAAGAGGAAGAGCAACCUUCCGGAGUCCGACACCCUGCAGGCAAUUAUCCGUGUCGAAUAUCAAAGCUGAUUAACUGGAAAAGACCAUUAUGGACUUCCGCUUUCUUCGUAACUACAAAUAUAGCGUUUUGGUUUGUUUCCCUCAGUCCCUGUCGAAUGUUCAGCCUUAUCUCCAUGUGUGUAGCUCUCUUAGUGAUGAUACAGCUAAUGAGAGAUGUGGCUCUUUCCAGAUCAAGAGGAGCUGCUCUAUGGAAGAGUAUGACAAGCAGCUGGGAGGUCAUUGAUUCUGUCCAGGAUGGCAAGUCUGGAUCUGAAUCUCCUUUCACAGACUUCUGGACAAGCCUCAAGCUGUUCAUUGAGGAGACUUCCUCUUUUAAGCAGCAGAAUCCAGGCAAGUUCUGUCUGCUGGUGUGCAGUAUGUGUUCUUUUCUGGCAAUACUUGGACGUUACAUUCCAGGGGUUGUUAUUUCAUACAUCUUAGUGCUGGGCAUUUUUCUCUGGCCUUUGGUGUCGUCACAUGAGUUUGGGAUGUGGUUGGAACCAGUUCUGCAGAAACUGGACUUUGGAGUGGGCGAGUUUCUUCAGAAAAUCAAGGAGAAUCAUGAGAAAAGGAUACUCCAGUCACAAGCCGAGAGAGAGAGCAUUGAAGCAGAUCUGUCCGCACUUUUCCCCAAGAUGGACUCCACUGUGUGCAAAGAGCUGUCUAUAUCAGACACAGAGGUCUCUGAAGUAACGUGGACAGACAAUGGCACUUUCAACCUUUCAGAGGGAAACACACCUCAGACAGAGAACUCUGAGGAUUCAGACCCGCGAAGUGACGAGGAAGUCUUCGCCGGUGGACUACCAGAGUUUCCCUCCAUGGACAAUGGCUUGGUGACAAACGGAGAGGACGAUGAAGACCUGAGCAUUGGAAUGCCCACCCCUCCAGCCCAUCCCAGCAGGGUUGGGUCCACACAGUCAGAGGAAGAACCUGUGGUCCAGGCCCUGGAGGUUGUGCAGAGGCUGGCUGGAGAGGUAAUUACGGCAGCUGUCACCGCGGCCAUGCAGGAACGCCUGGAGGCGGCGGUAGCGCCUGCGCUGGUCCAGGCCCUGGAGGAGGAGUCAGACAGCGAGGCAGAGGACUUUGAGUUGUUGGACCAAUCAGAGCUGGAACAGCUGGAAGGUGAACUGGGGCUGGACCAGGCGAGCCGUGCAGAUCCGUCUAAACCUAGCCAACCUUCUUCAGGCUUACUGUCCAAACUACUGGGGCGCCACUGAUCUUAUUCAGAGGGGCGUCCGCUUCCCUCUGUGAUGGGAUGUGGGUGGGAGGAUAAAUGUCGGGUUUACAGGGCAAGGUCCAGAGU